AUGCCAGUAUUCCAACCUUCCAACCAGAUCAAACUGACAAAUGUGUCGAUAGUGAGACUCAAGAAGGCUGGAAAGCGAUUUGAGAUUGCUUGCUACAAAAACAAAGUAAUGGAAUGGCGGUCAGGAGUCGAAACGGAUCUCUCAGAAGUAAUCCAGACGGACACGAUCUUCAGCAACGUGUCCAAGGGCCAACUAGCCUCCCAUUCCGACCUCCUCAAAUCAUUCCCAGUACCCAAUAAAAACCCAGCAACAGUACUCCCAUCCGAAGAUAUUCUACUAGAAAUCUUGAAAAAUGGGGAACUUCAAGUCUCCGAUAAGGAACGCGCUCAAGCUCUGGUCGACAAAAAGAGAGAAAUCAUUCAUCUUGUCGCCGAGAAAACUGUCGAUCCUCUCACCAACCGUCCACAUACUUCUUCCAUGAUCGAGAAAGCACUUGAAGAAUUGCAUUUCUCAGUCAAUCUAUCAAAAAGCUCUAAAACUCAGGCGCUCGAGUUGAUAAAAUCACUCUCAUCGAGACCAGAGAUCAUCUCGAUUUCGAGGAGUCAGAUGAAGAUCAGGUUAACAGUGCCGACAACCAAGGAGAGCAAGAAACUAAAACCGAUCAUCCUAGAAUCGACCACCAAGGUCGAACUAGACGAGACUGAUGAAGACCAAUGGGAACUCAUCGCACUCAUCGAACCCGGCCAAUUCAAAUUCAUCUCCGAUACCCUCAACCAAUUUCAUCUCAAAAAUAACUCCACCUCUGCCUCUCGAUUCAAGUUAGAAACUCUCAGUCUUACCGCUGAACAAGUCGAGGGUGACGAAGUCUUGUAA